AUGAGUCUAUCCAUGGGGGUCAAACCAUAUGAAUAUGACGAUGGCUUCGAAGACAGAUCAAAAAUGAAAAGUAGUGACUUUAACAGAAGUCUCCAGAGCAUUUUAAACUACCCAUAUUUCAAAUCACUACGAGAUAUAAUAAUUUCGUUGCUUAUCUUUAUUCUCAUUCUCGUCACUAUACUACUGCGUCUAUUUAUCUUUGGGUCAUCGUAUUCGCCGAAUCUCAAAGGUAUUGACGAUACUGUCCAGUUUUUCGAUCUUGCAAACUAUAAUGGAAAACCGAAUGGAUGGCAAUACGAAGAACGUGUGCUAUUCUGCGUACCUUUGCGUGAUGCUGCAGCCCAUCUCCCCAUGUUCUUUGAUCAUAUGAAGAAACUUACCUACCCACAUCAUUUGAUUGAUUUGGCUUUCUUGGUGAGUGAUUCGAAGGAUGAUACAAUGGGUGCACUUUUAAGACAUCUCAACCAAGUGCAAGAGUCCCCUUUACAAUUUGGUCAAAUCGAAAUUUUUGAGAAGGACUUUGGUCAGGCUAUUGGCCAAGGCUUUAGUGAUAGACACGGGUUUGCUGCUCAAGGACCCAGAAGGAAACUUAUGGCUAGGGCUAGGAAUUGGUUGUGGUCAGUUGCCUUGAAACCCCACCAUUCAUAUGUCUAUUGGAGAGAUGCAGACGUGGAAACCAUUCCACCAACCAUAUUGGAAGAUUUGAUGCAUCACGACAAAGAUAUCAUUGUGCCCAAUGUCUGGAGACCUUUACCUGAUUGGUUAGGAAAUCAGCAGCCGUAUGAUUUGAAUUCUUGGCAAGAAAGUGAUGGAGGAUUGCAAUUGGCAGAUACAUUGGAUGAAGAUGCCUGUAUAGUUGAGGGCUAUGUCGAGUACCAAACCUGGAGACCUCACUUGGCAUACUUGAGAGAUCCAUAUGGAGAUCCCGAAGUUGAGAUGGAGUUGGAUGGUAUUGGCGGUGUGUCUAUAUUGUCGAAAGCAAAAGUAUUCCGUUCUGGAUCCAAUUUCCCUGCAUUUUCGUUUGAAAAACACGCCGAAACUGAGGCAUUUGGAAAGUUGAGUAAACGGAUGGGGUUCAGUGUUGUUGGCUUGCCUCAUUAUGUGAUUUGGCACAUAUAUGAACCAUCCCAAGAUGAUUUGAAACACAUGGAAUGGAUGGCUCUGGAGGAGAUUCGACAACAAGAGGAAAUUAAAAUAAAAAACAAGUACGAUAAAGUUUGGGACAAAGCGUAUGUGGACGUACAAGGCGACUGGCAAAAGGAAAAAGCAAAGGUGUUGAAAAACACCGAUAUGUCCAAGGUUAGAAAGAUACAAGUUGAUUGGUCUGGUUCUGAUGAUUGGCAUCUAGACAAAAAUGUCAAAGCUGGGAAAAAUUAG